AUGUCGGACUACGACGCCGAGUCAGACGACUCUCUGGAUUCGAAUGCUCGAUUCGAUGCUCAACGCCCUGGCCGUCUGCGCCGUGCUGAAAGGUUCUUGGAGCGUCGUGUCCAUGAACAUGGGGUGCAGGUUGCCGUGCAACGCAAGGCCCGGGAGGCUCUCCGCCAAGCAAGGACCUUAGAGCAAAACCUCUCCCGCUACAAAGCGCCAUUUUACAAGAUAUUUCAACUUGAGCGUAGAGGCCUUGACUCGAGCGUGAUGAGACAUCGCGCUGCAUAUGCUGCUGGGAUUAAGGCGAAGGAGGCAAAGGGUGUUUGGAGAGACGAACACACGAAGGCUAAGGCUACACUUACGCUCUGUAAGCAAGCCAAUGCAUAUGUGAAUUGUCUGGAGCAAGAAUCGGACGUUUAUUGCCCUGCGGGUACUUACUGCUGCUCGGAUUGGUCAACAGACUCAUCAGGCGAGACCGAUCUUGACGACAUUCAACACCCCGAGCCGGGCUUAACCAGGAAGCAAACCCUUUGGCGCCAUCGCGAGAUUCACCGCGCCCACCGAGCACGGGAGCAGAUGCUGGAGGAAGCUUUAACAGAUGAGUAUCAUGAAGAUUCAGAGGAGGGCAGCGUGGAUCGAGAGGAUAGCGGCGUUCAGGCAUAG